AGAUGGUGUUGUAAAUUCUGCAUUUGCGGUAUUAAAGACAUUUGAGUGCUGUGCUCUUCAAAGUUUAUUUCUACGCGUGGUUCUCAUUAUGUGAACACUUUCUCUUUUCGUGCUUGAGUGACUUUUGUUGCGACAUCGAAAAUGGUUACAGACCAAAAUGGUAAUGGUUCUGAUUCUGAAGGUUGUAUGCAGUUGAUUCCGAGUCAGAAUGUGAUAAUUACAGGAGCGUAUAAUGGUAUACCGCAGACCUUGAUUCUCAACUUGAUAGCAUGGUCUUGUUUGAUUAUAUUGUUUACGGUGCUGCGGCGAACUGCUUGGAACUAUGGGCGGAUGGCACUAGUGCAGCGCUCCAAGAGCAGGUGGACGAAUUUGUUCUACAGAGGAGGAGAUGGUGACGCUCUUGUUGACCGUAGACAGAACUCCGACGAGCCUGUAAACAUAGAUGAAGGAUUCUUCACGUGGUUGCCGGCCGUGUUCCGCCUCACUCGUGAGCAAAUCCUCGUAAAAUGCGGUCCCGAUGCGGUCCAUUAUCUCUCUUUCCAAAGACAUGCCAUUACUCUUAUGUUCAUUGUGACCCUUGUUGCGAUAGGCAUUAUUCUUCCUAUUAACUUCCAAGGCACUAUGAAUUUGGACGCAAGCACAUUCAGCAGGACAACUCUGUCGAAUUUAAAUGGCAAGUCAGAUUAUCUGUGGGUGCAUACUAUACUAAGUAUUGCAUUUCUGCCAAUAUCAGUAUUGAUAAUGAGAAGAUGCACUGGCAGGAAACCUGUGCCUACAUCACUAACAGGCACUAUUAUGAUUAGUAAUAUUCCCAGAGCAGACAGGAAUGAGUCAACGAUAAGAGCAUACUUUGCUCAGAACUUCCCUCACAUACAAAUUGUUGACCUACGUCUCGCCUACAAUAUUAAUAAACUGAAUGAUGUCAUUGAAAAGAAGGAAAUGGUUACCGAAGCUCUUGUUUAUUCAGAUACAUAUUUCAAGAAAACUGGAAAAAGGAUUACAGUGAAGCCAACUUUAUGUGGACCAGAAAUUGAUGCCUUGGAUUACUACAGUGCGGAAGAAAAGAAGCUGAGAGAUGAAGCUAAGAGGUGUAGAGCUAUUGUACUUAAUGAUCCUCUAGGUGUUGCUUUCUUAACUUUACCAUCUUAUCAAUUAGCAGACCAUGUCAUCAAUCAUUUCACUCUCCACCGUGGUUGGGUGUUGUCUCAUGCUACUAACCCUGCUGACAUUAUUUGGGAAAACUUGAGUGUUCAGCCUAGCGUAUGGUAUUUGAAAGCCAUUGUGAUAAAUUUCUUCCUCUUCAUUGUUCUGUUCUUCUUAACUACGCCGGCCAUUGUGGUGAAUCUUUUUAACACUAUUGUAGUAAAACCCGACUCGCAGAGUCUUGGAAAGGUCAGCACUGUAAUCUUUGAAUUUCUUCCAACUUUGCUCCUCUGGACAAUGGCUGCCGUGAUGCCCGCCAUAGUGGCUUUUACAGACAAAUUUUUAUCACAUUGGACAAAGUCUCAACAGAACUAUUCUAUUAUGACAAAGACGGUGUCUUUCUUGUUACUGAUGACCUUAAUCUUGCCAUCAUUAGGGCUUGCUAGUGCAGAGGCUUUCGUGAGAUGGACGCUGCAUCACGAUAACGACACAAUGCGCUGGGAUUGCGUAUUCCUUCCUGAUAAAGGAGCAUUCUUUGUCAAUUAUGUAAUUACUUCAGGUUUCAUUGGUACCGCGCUUGAAUUAAUACGUUUUCCUGAACUGUUUCUUUAUGUUUGGUAUCUGCUUCAAUCGAAAUCGAAAGCGGAAAAGAGUUACGUAAAGAAAGCGAUUCUUUACGAAUUUCCAUUCGGAGUGCAUUAUGCCUGGAGUAUAGCGAUAUUCUGUAUUACGUUAGUCUACAGUCUCGCUUGCCCAUUGAUUGCGCCAUUUGGCCUGCUGUACUUGAUUUUGAAGCAUGUGGGCGACAAACACAAUUUGUACUUUGCGUACGGUCCCAGUGAUAUGAGUGGGGUGGGCGGCGGCAGGAUACACGCAACGGCCGUAAGAUUGAUGCGGGUAGCGGUAUUGCUAUUGUUAGUGACCAUGGCCGCUUGGGCAGGCCUGAGAGCUGGGUUCGUGGCCCGAACUAUAAUCUUAAUUAUGGCGUCUAUUGUUGCUUUCGGGACGUUCUUGUUACUAAGUCCUUUCCCGAGUUGCACUCCGCCAGCUCCUUUACAAGAGGAAUCAAAUAUCAGAUCGCCGUCAUAUGUGGCUCCUGUUUUGACGAAGCCUAUAGAGUCGCCACCCAGUUCGACACCUACAACGCCUGAUUACGGCGCCUCUUCACCUACGGAUCAUGGGUAUUCUCCAGAUUCUAUCAACAUAUAAAGUGAUGAUUGGCGAAAUAUAUAUCUCACAUUUUUGUUCAUAGUUAUACCUAUCGCGUGACAAACUACGGUUUAUCAAUGACGCUGUUAAUAAUUCCGGUAUCAAUUGAAUGAUGCUUAUUGGAUAAGGUGUUUAUUAUACUUGUAAAUAAAAGUAAUGCAAUAUUUUUUACAACAAAUUAAUAUAUUGUUAGAUAUUUAGGAUUUUUUGUGCGGUCACCGCUUCAUUACGUCAUCACUUUAAAUAUGACAACACUCCUUAGACCAAGGGCAAUAGGUAGCUAAUAUUUGGAAUAAUUCAAUUAGUUGAAUCGUUUACGUAGUCAUCACUUAUGCUCGCGGUACAUCUCAGAACCUGUUUAUUGACGCAUUUGAUGUACAUCUCAUGUCUAUUAACAAGUGAGUGUCUUAACAACCAAGCGCACCUUGAGAUGUUUGUCCCGACGGACAAUAACAUUAUAAACGAAACGGGGCUAGGCGAGUACUGUGGAGGCGCGUGAAUGACUCAUCUAAACGCUUGUUACGUUAUGUUUUACUCAGUUUCGCAUAUGACAUUUCAGACGUUGCCUAAUAUUCUUUGUGAUUUUUUUUACGAUGGCUGUCUAUAGUUUUAUUGUCUUAUUUAUUUGUAUAAUAACUUAUUGAUGUUAAUUCCAUUUUUAACUGUUCCAACUAGCGUUGUUUUGGAAAACGCGCAGUACAAUCAACGUUGCUACUAAGCGCUUUAUCUUAAUGUAACAAACUAGUUAAUCGACCGUUAAUGUAUUUGGGUUGGAUAUCAUUUCCUGUUACCUAGUAAUUACGAGAUUAUCAAAUAUUUAGUUCUCGUGGAAUCAUUUUUAGCGCAUCUUUCUGCUGUUAAUAUGGUAUAGUGAGUUUUAAGUUUUAGUCCGAAAAUUGAUCUGAACUUUGGCAGUUGAAAGCAUAUACAGUAGCUGUUAUACGAAGAUAACAUUGCGUGUUUAAGAAUCGAUUGUAAUUUACAAUCGAAAAAUUAAUGUCUUUCAUAAAUCGCAAAGCCGCGUGGAUCAAGAACAAAAGGUUGUUUUUAAUUAUAAAACCUAUAACGUCUGUAACGUCUUUAACGUUACAGGCGUGUUUUACGCAGAGGUUCGAAAGCUUUCUAGAUUUAUGUCGCUUUAAAAUUAAUAUACCAAUAUCACAAUGUAGUUUCUUUUCUUUAGCUAAAUUAAAAUUAAUAAAAUGUUUAUGUCAUGCAAAUUACACUUGAAAUCGUUAUAUUGAUUAACUACAAUUAGGUACACUUAUUCUUAUGGCACAUUCCCAAAAAAAAUUAGUAAGCAACUCUAGGGCUCAAUUUAUAUUGCGUAGUCGCUAGAAAGCUCGCGAGUGCUCAAGCAUUCCAGGGACUGCGCGCGUUUUCGCGCAAAUAAUGUAAAUUGAGCCUAGGGGUCGCUCUUUGUAAGUAGACAUUUGUUCAUAUAUUUAUUAUUUACAAUAUUUAUUUCCAAUAUCAUACAUAGAAACAAUGCGAAAGAGUUAUAUUUGUUUACUACCAUGAUUUUUUGUCAUCCAAGUACACAGGCACUAUAUAAACGUGAUAUAAAGUUUUUAACCUUUAAUAUAAAGUUUUUGUUUCAUUACAGUUUUAAACCUCUCGUAAGAAUCUUAAUUUCUUUAUACUUAUCUCAGAGACACUCUGGGGCCCAGUUUAUUGUCAUGUGAAAAGUGUUUUGUUUAUCGUUUAUCACUUAUUUCUAAUAGCCUUAUCACACUCGCGAUUUGCGAGUGGUUUGAAAGCGAUGCGAUAGCGUGGCGUGCUCGCUCGCCAAUCGCCAAUGUGAUAAGGCUUUAAGUCUUCGAAUUCUGUUUGGAUCAAGUACUAUGGUUUUUAAAACACAGAAUAGAUGUAGUCACAUGGUUCGUGAAUAAUUUCUGCCUGAACGUGCACACCUGGUUUAUACUUAAAUCCAUGAAACUUUAUGCAUUUUAACAAUGUUUAAUAAGACAUAAACCUGAGGUAAAUAAUAGAAAUAAAAUUGACUGAUAUUUACUGUUAUUGGGGCAUAGCCUUGAAAAUAGUUAUAGGGUUUAUUGGAUAACAGUGCGUAAGUAGGUACGGCACGCUUAAUGAGAUAACUAGUGGCAACUUGUACGCGUAAAAACUAAAUUAGUGUGAAGUUUACACUCUCUUUCUACAGUAUCUAGAUAGUUUAUUAGCAGCUCAAAUUUUCGUUUUCUUUGUCCGAACUAUCGGAUAAAACUUUACGCUCUAUCAGAUAACAGUUUAUCUAGAUAAAAAAAAUGCACGUUCCAUGUGAUCCAUCACAAACAUAGCUUAGUGAUUGUUCUUGUUCAAAGUUUAAAAAAUGCAAGAGUUAUAUUCCCGUUCAUUAUAUGAAUUACGUACGUCUUGUUUCAAUUUGCCACACGUUGUUUACCUACUUAUGCAGUGUCUGUUUUAGUACGCAAAGUCCUUGUUAUCGUACAAGUGCGAUGAUAUUUUAUCAAUAACAAUAUUUAUUAUGCUUCAGAAACAAUACUGCAAAAUCUUCCAUAGUCCUUCAAAAUACUCAAAAUAGGUAGUGAUAUAUUUGGUUAAUUAUGAUUGGAUACCAAUCAUAAUUAUCAAUCACGAAGUAACCUCAUUAUUUUACAUUGUUCACCGUUGUGUCCUGACAUGUCAUGUCUCAAAUAUUCCGCUUUAGAUGAUUAUUUAUCACGAUUCACUCGUCGACAUAGGCUACCCCCAUUAUGAAUAAUUUAAUACGUGGUAGCCUUAUUAAAUGCAAUGUACAAAGUGUCUGGAAAAAGAAGGGAAAAUACUACUUUUUAAUUCUUAUUUAUCUCCAAACUGGAUUAAACCUACCUCCUAUCACAAUAAUGCUGUAAUUUAUUGUCCAACUCCAGUCAUUUUCUUAUGAGCAAAUGAAAUUAUUAUCGUUUUUUACAAGCCUUAAUAUAAUUAAAUACGAUCGUUACGUAGCAAAGAAAGAGUGCCUAAAAUACCGAACUAAAGACCCAGUUUCACCAAACGUCUAGCUAAAUUGAUAAUUAAAAUUUGCUUGAAUGCAUUCUCUUUGAAUACUUGUGCUUGAAAACACAAUGGUUUCACUUAAGAAACAAGUUGUCGUGUUUCCUAUUUUCGUUCUAUUUUGAACAAUGCCCAAGUUCAAUUGCUCAAGCUAAAGCUAAAGAAUUUUCUGUCUAAAACAUGCCAAAUCGUUCAAUGGAGACGCUAAUUUUGUGAAGGCCGGCCUGUUGAUUUUUAUAAUUCGAAUAGCUUUACAGCUCUCGGUGAACUUGAACGUAAAGAAGUUCAGCUAAAACUGAAAUAUGAACGUUAUUUAUUAGUCGUCCGUAUAAAAUUUCCAAGAAACCCAGGCGGUAGGAACCCAUUGUGGUUUUCCUAUUAAUUUUCUAUCUAACCCAUUUAUAUUUAAUACUUUUUUUUAAGUAAGAGGAGCUAUUAGGUGAUAGUGCUCCGUGUACCUCUAAUAAAAAGAUUAAGGAUUGUUUCGCGCAGGGCGUUCAUACUUGAUACAAGCAGGCGGUCGAUUGUGGCACAGCAUUGACAUAAAAUUGUUUAUUUACGCCAGCAUUAACAUCUUUUGUUUCCUUUGCCUUUGAUUGAAAUACUGGAAGCAAUUUACACACGCUGCAUUGUUAGCCUUUUAUAGGAACGUGAAUGACCGGAACGUGUACAGUAAUGGAAAUUUGAAAUAAUCGUACU